AUGUCUCGCUCCGAGGACAACGAACGUGACACUGCAUUUGCAAGCGGAAGUGGCGCCGGUCCAUCGCAGACCUCCGACUAUCCUUCACAGCGCCGCGACCGAAUAGAUACUAGGCCGCCGCCUGAUUACGGCUAUCCUUCUAGCGAAGCGCAACGGCCUCAGAUGCCUCAGGAACGUUACGCUGAUCCACGCGGCCAGCACGCAGCCUACGAUCAAUAUGCUCGAGAUUUUGAACGCCGGCAACAUCCGAGAGGAGGUCCUUGCAGCCCUUCCCAGGAGAGAUCGUAUCAGCGCGAGCUCGAGAUGAUGAAGGCUCGCGAGGAUGAAGAAGGAUCUUUCGGCGGCGCUCCCUCUCGUCCCAGUCGACCAACAAAGUACGAACCCACAUAUAGCGGUGUGCCCGCCGCUGCACGUGGUGGCAUGGACCAGUUUGGGCUUCGAGCUACCUCUGACGAACGCCCAAAUCUAGAAGGCUUCUCGAGAGUCGAGGACGGAAAGCGCUAUCGCCUUGUGGUGGUCCAGCAUCCAAGUCGUGCAAGAAUGUGCGGUUUUGGUGACAAGGAUCGACGCCCCCUAAGCCCAACACUGAUAGUCAAGCUGGUGAUCACCGAUGAGGCGACAGAUGAUGAGAUCAGUCCCUUGGAGGUAAACACCUCGCUUUUCUUGCUCGCCACAGAUCUUUGUCACCCAGACGAUCUCAUGCUUGCACCCAGAAAUAUUCUCGUUCACCACCACGCAGCAUCUCUUCCGGUUCAUCCCAUGCAGCAGGGCGGAUCUGGUGGGUACCGAUCCGAUGAGUACGCGCACCGUUCGGGUCCAAGCUACGGUAACUUUGCUGAAGGCCCUUCCGAGGGUGAUUAUCUCUCAGACAGCGGCGCACAAGGCUCGGGCUCUCCAGGUUCGGGUGGACCUUCCUCGAUGAAUCCCUUCAACCGACCCUCUCCGAACUCGAUGGCGUUUGGCGGUGGCAACUUUUUGCAAGGUCAAGCAGAGUCGUACACGAGGAAUUUGGUGGGCGCAGCGGUGGCAAGCGCUUCGGUGCUCAAGGAUGAACAAGACAAGUGGUGCAUCUUUUUCGUUUUCCAGGACAUUUCGGUGCGCACCGAAGGUGUCUAUCGCAUCAAGCUCAUGUUCGUCAACCUCGAGGUGAGGGGCCGCGUUGGCACUGGUGUUGCCGAAGCACUUGCUGAAACUUACACCGAGCCUUUCACAGUCUACUCGCCCAGACGGUUCCCAGGCAUGCUUGACCCAACACCAUUGUCACGCAAAUUGGCUUCUCAGGGUAUUAAGAUUCCUGUACGAAAUGACAAGAAGAAGCAGCGAAGGCGAAAUGACGGCGAUGACAAUGGUGGAGAUGGUAUGGGCGACUACGAUGGAGGUUCAGGCGGAGAUGAUGACGACGAUUGA